UGGAGAGGGUGAAUGUGUUCGCUCUCCAGUGGAUCGUCGGAUAGUCGUGUCGAAAGUCAACGGUCGUUACCAGUGAUGAUUUAACAAAAAUUCCAUCUAAACUAAUUGUAGUGUUCUGCUAACGUUAUAAUGUAUUCGACAGUACUAUUGGUAUUGAUUAGUGUCGGAAUUGUGAGAUCGCGAUCGUUAACUAGCAUCGAGACAAUACCACGAGGAUGCGACUGGCAGAUGCAACUGGUUGAAAAUGAAGCCAGGGAAGAACCAGUGCUAUCUUGCAGGAUAAGGACUAUUAACAGUGCCGGACCCUUAUUGGGAAAUCUAAGCCAGACCCAGAUUGACCGUGUUGCAGUUUUAAAACUCGAAUGUAGCGAUGUGUUGUUUUUCGAAAGUUCGUUGGAAGCAAGCAACAAGCACGGAAGUUACUUCACCGGCUUGCGCUGGUUGAAAGAGUUGAAAUUGGAGUUUUGUAAAAUCAGGAAUAUUCCGGCCGGUGUAUUAAAACCGCUGCGGCAAUUACGCGCAUUCUCCCUCCGUUCGCACAAUUCAGACUGGUCUUCAAUGACUCUGGAAUUGCACCCCGAGAGCUUUCUCGGCUUGAGCGAGUUGCGCAGCCUGGAUUUAGGCGACAACAAUAUUUGGAGUACACCACCGGAUUUGUUUUGCCCGCUGUUCAGUCUGACACAUUUAAAUUUGACGAUGAAUAAAUUGCAGAAUUUAUCCGCUCUUGGUUUUUCCGAUUGGGGCAAUGGGCCCUUAGCGCCGGGCCGGGCUUGUGUCAGCGGACUGGAAAUCCUCGAUCUGUCGCACAACGACAUCAUUGCCCUCCCUGACAACGGAUUAUCCGGACUGCGAUCGUUGGAAGAACUGCACCUGGAAGAUAACGCCAUUUCGACGUUAGGUGAUCGUGCCUUCGUGGGUUUGACAAGUUUGCACACGCUGAACUUAUCCAGCAAUUGUCUCGUCGCUCUUCCGCCAGAGUUGUUUCAGUCGUCCAGAGAUCUGAAACAUCUUUAUCUUCACAACAAUUCACUGAGCGUCUUAGCACCGGGACUUCUUGAAGGUUUGGAUCAGUUGACAGUUCUUGACUUGUCGCGGAAUGAGUUGUCGAGUCACUGGGUCAACAGAGACACUUUUGCCGGUCUCGUGCGACUUGUUGUUCUCAACUUGGCUCACAACGAAUUAACACGAAUCGAUGCUAACUUGUUUCAUGAUUUGUACACUUUACAAAUAUUGAAUCUUGAAAACAAUCAGAUCGAGUUUAUCGCCGAUGGGGCUUUUUCCGAACUGAAGAACCUACAUGCUCUCACCCUAACCCAUAAUUUUAUAACAAGAAUAGAGGCCUACCAUUUCUCCGGUAUGUAUGCCCUCAAUCAACUACUGCUCGACUCAAAUAAAAUCGAAUACAUUCACCCACAAACCUUCGAGAACGUGACUAACUUACAAGACUUGGGUCUGAACGGAAACAUGCUAGGAGGAGUCCCUGUCGGUAUUGGGAAAUUAAGGUUUCUCAAAACUUUAGAUUUAGGGAAAAAUCAUAUUGAGAUUGUAAAUAAUUCAUCGUUUGAAGGACUAGAUUCAUUGUACGGACUCAGAUUGGUUGAUAAUCAUAUUGUAAACAUCUCGAGAGAUGCUUUCUCCACUUUACCUUCAUUACAAGUUUUGAACUUGGCAUCGAAUAAAAUUAAAUACGUCGAACAGAGUGCUUUUGCUAGUAAUCCGACCUUGAAAGCCAUUAGACUGGACUCCAACGAGUUAUCCGAUAUAAGUGGCGUGUUCACCAAUUUACAAAGUUUGGUUUGGUUGAACGUUUCAUCGAAUAAGCUGCUCUGGUUUGACUUCAGUCAUUUGCCCUCAAGCUUGGAGUGGCUUGACAUGCACGAUAACAAAAUAACCGAACUAGGAAAUUAUUAUGACGUAAAAAACACGUUGAAAAUUAAAAUGCUGGAUGCUAGCUUUAAUUUAUUAUCCGAUGUACACGAUAAUUGCAUUCCCGAUAGUGUAGAAACCCUCUUCCUUAACAACAAUAAAAUUACAAACGUUCAUCCAAACACUUUCGUCAAAAAAAUUCAUCUCCAGAAAGUGGUUUUAUACGGCAAUGAUAUAAAAUACCUCGAUAUUGCCGCUUUGAGUCUCAGUACAGUCUCCGAUGACAAGGAUUUGCCCCAGUUUUUCAUCGGUGGUAACCCUUUCUACUGCGACUGCAAAAUGGAGUGGCUAUUGCGGAUAAACCACUUGAGUAAUUUACGACAAUAUCCCCAAGUGUUGGAUUUAGAUACGAUAACUUGUGAGUUGGCACAUUCCAGAGGAUCGCCUCCUCAACCGCUGCUUAGUUUGAAACCCUCACAAUUUUUGUGUCCUUACAAGAGUCACUGCUUCGCUUUAUGUCAUUGUUGCGAGUUUGACGCGUGCGAUUGCGAGAUGACAUGUCCAACAAACUGUACGUGUUUUCACGACCACACGUGGUCUAGUAAUGUAGUCGAUUGUAGCAAUGCAGGCUACACAAACGUUCCCGAGAAGAUACCGAUGGACGCCACUGAAAUUUACCUGGACGGCAAUAACUUGGGCGAGCUCGGCAGUCACGUAUUCAUCGGCAAGAAAAAACUGGAAGUCUUGUUUUUAAACAACAGCAACGUCAAAGCCGUGCAUAACAGGACAUUCAACGGUGUCAAAUCGCUCAAAGUCCUCCACAUGGAAAACAAUAAUUUGGAAGAAUUGCGCGGCUUUGAAUUCGACCAACUGGAAAAACUCAACGAAUUAUAUCUGGACCAUAACAAGAUCUCGUACGUCAGCAAUCAAACGUUUAAAAACAUGCACGACUUGGAAGUUUUGAAACUGGACGAGAAUAAAAUCGUCGACUUUAUCCCUCAUUGGGAAAAUCCUGCUCCUGGUGCGGUUCCGCGCGUGACUCUCGACGGCAACAAGUGGUCGUGCGACUGCAAUUCGUUAGGUCGUCUUGAGAUUUGGAUCCGGGAGACCGGAGGCGACCCUUCCAAAUUAUUUUGCGUCGAUCGGGACGACUCCGAAACGGUGGCCGAUGUGAUCAACCGCUGUGAUAAUAAAGACAAUGCCAUUGCUACAUCGGUCAUUCAACGAGAAGUGCUCAAAAACAACCCGCUGUUAGGUGGCAGUUACGUGCCUCUUUUGGCCGCCACACUCGUAGCUGUUAUUGUUUUCUGUUUGUUGGCUGCUGUCGUUUUCGUAUUCCGACAAGACGUUCGCUUGUGGGCUCAUUCGAAAUAUGGCAUUCGAAUUUUUCAAGACGCCGCCACUGCGCACGAUAAUAAAGACGAACGUGAUCGACUCUACGAUUGCUACAUGGUCUACAGCCAUAAGGAUGAAGAACUGUCCGCCAGGAUAAUUGCCCCAGAACUCGAACAACUUGGACACACCCUAUGCCUUCACAACAGAGAUUUGGCGUUGCACGGCGGCGCCUCGUACCUCGCGGACGCCAUGAUGGGCGCAUCGGACGCAUCCCGCCGUGUUAUUUUUUUGGUAUCUCCUGCUCUCAUCUGCAAUGAAUGGUCGCGGCCUGAGUUUCGCGCCGCACUCCAGACGGCUCUUCGCACGGCCCACCGUCACAAAUUAGUGUGUGUUUUAAGCGGUGACCCCCUCGAGCCCAUGGACCCUGAGCUGCGUGCUUUACUUCGGGCUUGCACGGUGACCCGAUGGGGCGAGCGCCGUUUCUGGGAGAAGCUGCGUUACGCCAUGCCGGAUGUAGCCAACAGUAACCGGUCGCGACGCAGUAAGAAACAUCACCAACCGGAAAUCCGGUGUAAGGUCAGUGCGAGAUACACGGCGGCGCCUACAGCUCCGGACUCUUGGUACAAAUAUUCGGCGAUGCCGGGGGUUCACGCCGCAGCCCUUACACCCACGCCCACGCAAAGUACCUACGUCUCGGGGGAGUCAGCUCGGAGCACCGAGGACGAGGCAGGGUCUAGUGCCAGCAGCCAGCAUUAUGGCUCCGAGCAAUUGAACCAUAGUUAUGUGUCUAUCGAUGGAAGACCGCCACAGUACACGCAGUAUCCGAUAUGUAGGCAAGAAAUAGCCCAUCAUCUGUACUCGACCAUUCCGGAUACGCAACCGCAAUCUAGGACUUACUUUGUGUGAAUGUAGUAAGUUGACUUAAAAGGCUGUUUUUAAUUAUUAAUUAUGACGGAUAAAGCAAUUCGUAGGGAUUUUUCAUAAUUACUCAAAUGUCACUAGGUUUUAAUUACGAUAUAAUAAUAACUAAAUUAUUUGUUGUAUAUAUUAUGUAAAUAUGCGAAAACGAUAUUUAUUUAUACUGUACGUGUAGUACUACUUACUGAACGCUUAUUAGUCACUAUUUUAAGUAUUUGUAAAUAAGUCUAGUUUAUACUACU